GUCUCCCAUGAGGUGAUUCACGGAAAGACUUCAGACUUUGGGCCCUCUUGCUCUGCCCCUGAGUAGAUACCUCAAGUGGGGCGGCUGGACCCAAGGGGUUCCCUGUGAAGGGCUCUUCCGCAUGUGAUGAAAGUGUCUGCUCUCAGGGAAGGCGCAGCCAUGGCUUCCCCGCCACCCCAGGAGAUGGAGGAGGAGCUGGUAUCUGCUGGCUCUGAGCCAGGUGACUCUCGGGCCAAACCCCCUAUCAAGCCUAAGCCCCGGGCCCUGCCCACAAAGCCAGCUCUGCCUGCCAAGCCCACCCUGCUGGUGCCUGUCGGGCCUCGGCCUCCCCGGGGUCCCUUGGCUGAGCUGCCUUCUGCCCGGAAGAUGAACAUGCUGGCGGGACCCCAGCCCUAUGGUGGCAGCAAGCGUUCCCUACCCUUUGCAUCAAGACCAACAGCUGAGGCCUCUACUGGAGAAGAAGCCACCCGAGAGGCUGGGAAAGAAGAGAUGCCCCCCUUGACACCCCCAGCUCGAUGUGCUGCCCCUGGGGGCGUGCGGAAGGCCCCUGCCCCCUUCCGUCCAUCCUCAGAGCGCUUUGCAGCCACCACAGUGGAGGAGAUCCUGGCCAAGAUGGAGCAGCCGCGGAAGGGAGUCCCUGCCAGUCCUGACCGCCUCUGGGGCUCCCGCCUCACCUUCAACCAUGAUGGCAGCUCAAGAUACGGCCCCAGGACCUAUGGCGUGGCUGCAGGUCCCAGGGAUGAGGAUGGUGGGACACUCUGCAGGGGAUGGUCCCAGGAGGGGCCGGCAAAAUCCCCUACAGAGUGCCCGGAAGAGCACAGCCAGACCCCCAAGGAGAGCUACACGCUGCUCUAUCCCAGGGAGCGGCUUGGGACAGGGCCUGUGCAGGCUGGGCGGGGUGCUGGUGUCACCCUCUCCUGCCCCGGCCUCCCUGAUGUGAAGCGGAAGGGCAAGGGAGCNGCAGGGGGGCUCACAGCCCAGGACCCGCUGAUUGGAAAGCCAGCCCCGCUUGGCACCCAGAGCCAGGAUGCGGAUGUUCAGGACUGGGAGUUCAGGAAGAGGGAUUCCCAGAGCAUCUACUCCAGCCGGGCUGUGGAGCUCCAGGACCAGGAAUUCGGGAAGAGAGAUUCGCUGGGUCCUUACGGCAGUCGGGACGGGAGCCUUCGGGACUGGGAGUUGGGGAAAAGAGAUUCCUUGGGCGCUUACGCCAGCCAGGACGUGGACGAGCAGAGCCGGGAGCUGGGGAAGGACGAUGACCUCGGCAGGUGUGGCAGCCAGGAUGCCGAGGAGCAGGAGUUUGGGAAGAGAGAUUCUUCACUUGGCACCUUGGGCAGCCAGGGUGCUGAGCAGCCGGGCCGGGAUUUCGGGAAGAGUGCCUGGACGAGGGACUACAGCAGCGGUGGCAGCCCCACGGCUCUCAGCCCCCAGGACGCGGGCUCCGGAACGAGAGCCCUGAGCACCGGGUUCAGUCCCGAGGAAGCCCAACAGCAGGACGAGGAGUUCGAGAAGAAGAUUCCGGGUGGCGGAGACAGCCUGGGCAAGGCCAGUGGGGAUGCAAGCCGGCCUGAGGAGAGAGAGUCGGGGGGCUUGUUCAGCCCCAGCACCCCCGAGCCGCAGGAGGGGGUGCUGGCACAGAGAGACCAGAGCAGCUGGCAGGUCAGCGGUGCCUGCCAGGAGGGUGGAGGGCUUCAGGGGAGACAGGCCCGGGCCCCGAGCCCAGGCGAUGCUGACCAGGAAGGCAGGGAAGUGGGGCAGCGAGGCUGGGCCGGCGACUUUAGCCUCAGUGUCGUCCCGCAGCCAGAGGCGCCCUUCAGCCCAGGGCAGCGAGACUGGAGCAGUGACUUCUGCAUGGAGGCUACCAAGAGGGGCCAUCAGUUCGGCAUCAUUGGUAAGGACCGAGUGAGCGGUCCUGGCCUGAGCCCUUCUGGCAAGAUUGGAGGUGGCCCCUUUGUGUCUCCUGAGAAGACCUCAGCUGGGCCUGUGGACUGGACUGACCAGCUGGGCCUCAGGAACUUGGAGGUGUCCAGCUGUGUGGCUUCCGGGGGCUUGAGUGAGGCCAGAGAGGAGGCCGUGGGACAGAUGGGCUGGUCGGACAGCCUGGGCUUGAGAGACGUGGACCUGGUCAGCCGUUUGGAGACUGGAGGGUCUGAGGAGCCCAGGGGGAUUGGAGUUGGGGAGAAGGACUGGACUUCUGAUGUUGGGGUGAGGGGCAGAGUUUUGGCUGGGGUGGGGGAGGCAGGAGGCCACAGCCAGGCCAGAGAGAGUGGCGUGGGGCAGAUCGACUGGUCAGGUGUGCAGGCCGGAGAAUUCCUUAAAUCAAGGGAGCGUGGAGUGGGACAGGCAGACUGGACACCUGACCUGGGGCUGAGAAACAUGGCCCCAGGAGCAGGCUGCAGCCCCAGGGAGCUUGGGGUGGGCCAGGUGGACUGGGGCAACCAUCUGGGCCUGAAAAAUUUGGAGGUGCCAUGUGACCAAGAGACUGAAGUUUCUCGGGAGCCGCGGGGAUGUGGAGUGGGGCAGAUGGACUGGACUCAGGACUUGGGGCUCCGGAUCACGGAGCUCUCUGGGGCCCCGAGUGAAGCCAGGGAGCAUGGGGUCGGAGAGGUCAGCCAGUGCGCAGAGCUGGGCCACAGGGACAGCCCUGGCCUGGAGGCCAGAGACCCCUUGGAGGCCAGGGAGCUGGGAGUUGGUGAGACAAGUGGUCCGGAGACCCUGGGCGCAGGUGAUGCCUCACCUUCCUUGGAGACCCAUCCUGAAGACCCCGGAAUGGAGACAGGAGAAGCCCCCGGCUUCGGAGCCAGACGCCUGUUCCAGGACUCUACGGAGCCACGAACUUCUCGGGUGCCAUCUUCAGAUGAGGAGGUGGUGGAGGAGCCUCAGAACCGUCGGACGCGGAUGUCCUUGGGCACCAAGGGGCUGAAAGUCAACCUGUUUCCUGGCCUGAGCCCAUCAGCCCUGAAGGCCAAGCUACGGCCCCGGAACCGCUCGGCUGAGGAGGGGGACCCAGCAGAGAGCAAGUCAAGCCAGAAGGAGUCGGCGGUCCAGCGCUCCAAGUCCUGCAAGGUCCCGGGGCUGGGGAAGCCCCUCGCGUUACCUCCCAAGCCAGAGAAAUCCUCAGGGUCAGAAGGAUCGUCGCCAAACUGGCUCCAAGCCCUGAAGCUGAAGAAGAAGAAGGUGUGAGGAACCACCGAGGCUGGAAGCAGGCAGGUGGGGCCAAGCUCCAGAGACUUGGUCCUUCCUAGCCGGCAGUCUCAGGCAGUGCCCGUUCCCGUGGGGUCCCUGGCGAGGAGACAGCUGGAGCCUCCCAUGCCCCAGGCUGCAGCCUGUCUCCCUCCACCUCUGAGGAGUGUCUGGGGAGGCACAUUUAUGCACUUUGUAUCACCUUCCCAACUUCCCCCCACCCACCCCUUCUCUCCCAGCCUCCAUUCCGUCAUUAGUGGUCAAAGGUUCUGGUCCCUCCCUCCCUGGGCUCUCUUCCCGCCUCCUCUGCUUCCUCCUCCAGCCUCCCUUGGGUUUUCUUUUGAUACCAAUUUAUAGCAAUUUUUAUAAAAGCCUUUGAUUUUUGUAAUGGGUGGAGCCCGGCCCCACCUCAGGUCUCCCUCCACCCUGCCAGGUGCCCCACAGAGACCAAUAACAUUUUGCCACUUGAAACAAUAAAGUUUUUUGGGAAUUGGU